UAAAAACAGGUUAAGGAGUUGGGGGAAGAAGAAAAUAAAAGAAAAAGAAAGCAAAUUUCCAAAUUGUAAUAACAGUUUCAAAACGACUGUCAAGUCCAAUUUGAAUCCGGAUCUAUCUUAAGAUGAAAUAAUGAAACGAAUCGGACGGACGUGAAGUGGGUUUUAAAUUCGGACACAUUCAUAGGUGUCACUCAUUGCCUCUUUGGACACCGCUUUAGGCCCCCUUACGCUCUAUUCUUCUCUCAGUCCUCAUCCCUCCAUUCAUUCGGUUCUCAAACCCCACUGUGUCGUCACUCAUAUAUAUCCUGCUCCGAUUUUGCAAAUCCCAUCUUUAUCAUUCAUUUCAAAUGAGAGCUUCUUCUUCUGACGAUAUUUGAAUUGGGUUCUUUUCAGAUUCUCACAUGUAGGGAGUCAGAGAAUAAACUUUUAUUCUCUGAUUUUUCCCAUCAGGGAUACAUCUUUCAGGACCUUUUGGGGCGAUUAAAGCCCUAAUUUUGAAAUUGGGGUUCUGAGAUUUACUGGGGGUUUUAUCAACUUACUAAAUUUUUCGUUUUUAAAGAUAGCUUGAGGAACCCUUUUGGUAUAUACAUAGAAAACAUACAUAGAUUCAUGUGUAUGUCAGUUUGGGUUUUGUGAAAAUUCUCUGUAUAUAUUUUGGGGGUUUGGGAUUCUUUUUUGUUGUUGUUUGGGUUGUGUUUUUCCACAGCUUUUGUUGUAUCAAUUUCAUUUUUUUUUACCUUUGGGGGUGGAAAAAUGGACGGUAGGAGAAUAACGGCGAGUCCUCGCCCAUGCUCUGGACGCCGUGUGGUGGCUAAGAAGCGACCCCGUGGAUUGGAUGGUUUUGUUAACAGCGUCAAAAAGCUGCAGAGGCGGGAGAUUUCAUCUCGGCGUGACCGUGCUUUUAGUAUGAGUGACGCCCAGGAACGGUUCAGAAACAUCCGAUUACAGGAGGAAUAUGAUACACAUGAUCCGAAGGGACAUACUGCUGUGGUACUUCCGUUUCUUAGGAAACGGUCAAAAAUUAUUGAAAUAGUUGCUGCUCGUGAUAUUGUGUUUGCGCUUGCACAGUCCGGGGUUUGUGCAGCAUUCAGCCGUGAGACUAAUGAUAGGAUAUGCUUUCUGAACGUAAGCCCUGAUGAGGUCAUAAGGAGUUUGUUCUACAAUAAAAACAAUGAUUCACUUAUAACUGUUUCGGUGUAUGCGUCCGAUAAUUUCAGCUCUUUGAAGUGCAGAACCACAAGGAUUGAGUAUGAACACUUCUCUUUCGUUUAUAAGCUUUUUGUUUUUACAGGAUUUUUCUCCCUCUCAUAUCAGAUUAUUGAUCUUUUUACCAGAUACAUCCGGAGAGGCAAACCAGAUGCCGGUUUUCCUCUGUUUGAAUCGGAGUCAUUGAAGUGGCCUGGUUUUGUUGAGUUUGAUGACGUGAAUGGGAAGGUUCUCACUUAUUCUGCGCAGGAUAGCAUAUACAAGGUUUUUGACCUGAAGAACUAUACAAUGCUGUACUCAAUCUCUGAUAAGAAUGUUCAAGAAAUUAAAAUCAGUCCUGGAAUAAUGUUGCUGAUAUUUACAAAAGCAUGUGGUCACGUUCCGCUGAAGAUUUUGUCAAUUGAGGAUGGGACUGUUCUCAAAUCUUUCAACCAUCUCCUUCACCGGAAUAAGAAGGUGGAUUUCAUUGAACAGUUCAAUGAAAAGCUCCUUGUCAAGCAGGAAAAUGAGAACCUCCAAAUUCUUGAUGUCCGCAAUUCUGAGUUGACUGAGGUUAGCCGAACCGAGUUCAUGACCCCAUCAGCAUUCAUAUUUCUAUAUGAGAACCAGCUAUUUUUGACAUUCAGAAACCGAACAGUUGCUGUUUGGAAUUUCCGGGGGGAGUUGGUUACUUCAUUUGAGGAUCACCUUCUGUGGCAUCCUGAUUGCAAUACCAAUAACAUUUACAUCACUAGUGAUCAGGACUUAAUUAUUUCGUACUGCAAGGCAGAGUCUGAUGAUCCAGUAGCAGAAGGAAAUGCAGGUUCGAUUAAUAUUAGCAAUAUCCUGACUGGAAAAUGCCUUGCUAAAAUAAAAGCUAGCAACAGCUCUCCUUGGGAUGAUUGCUCUUGUAUUGCUAGUUGUGGGGGAAGAAAUUGUAACCCGCGAAGACGUGUUCAAGCUUCUAGAGUAAGGAGCACUGUUGGAGAAGCUCUGGAAGAUAUUACAGCCCUUUUCUAUGAUGAAGAGCGAAAUGAAAUAUACACCGGCAAUAGGCUUGGCUUGGUCCAUGUAUGGUCUAACUAGAGUUGGUAUGGUAACCCUGUGGUUGUGGGGUUAUAUAGUUCUUCGAGAUGAUUGGAUUUGUUGCAAAACCCUGUUGCAAUAAUUCUGUAACUGUAUCCUUAGAGGUUGAAGAGAUUUGGAUUUGUUUCAACUUUUGCUUUGUUGUGCCAGUUUAUGUAGGAAUUGUGUGACCCCCCUCGAAACGAGGGGACUCCCUUUGAUUCAAUAUUCUGCUGGCAUUUCUUUUUCCUGAUUUAUCCUGUGUGAAGAUUAUCUUCAGGGGCCGUGUAGAUGGCCGUUUGUAGUAGGUCACCAGGAGUGAUCUUUUACUGUGUAUUGAAAUGACAAGCAAGUAGUUUGUUGAUAUAUGUAUGGAAAGUAACUUCCGUUUUUAUGAUGCUUUCCUGUGAGUUUCCAGUACUUAUAUGUUGUGCGUUGUUUGUAUGUGUUUGAUCCUGGUAGGAAUUCGAGGGGGAUUUUCUCAUCUUGAGUUUUUGCCUUGCUUUCAUGCCCAGAUGAUUUUCUCCAUUGAACUCGAGUCUAGAGAGAAUGUUUCUAAUUAUUUAUAUGUAAUAGAAAAAUAUAGGUUGAUUUUGAUAGUCAUAGGUUUUUAGAGAUUAGGUUAAGAUUUGGUGUUUAAUCAUCAAGUAUAUUUAAAGCAUCCUUAUUAGUACUACCUGAUUUUAUUUUCUCAAAAGUCAAAAAUGGAAGUCAUUAAUUUUCUCAACCAUUUAAUAUAGUAACAUCCAUUUCAAAAAAUAAAAAUAAAAAUACUA